AGCAUUUUACUUCCGCUCGGUCUAGGUGGACUGAUGAAAUGUAGGAAAUCUGUCUCUGGCAGGGGGGUUGGAAAUCGUUUUCCCAAACAGCACCGAGAGGAGCCAUCAGGGAAGUAUGCAGAGGGGCCGUGCGGCUGCAGCUGCUGCUGCUGCUGCUGCUGCCGGGCUGGUGGGGUGCGGGGAGCCGCAGCCGCAGGACCUGCGCCUGGAGGGGGCCGGCCCCGGAUUGCUGCAGGAGCCCAGGCGCCUCUGAGAGCAGCGGGCAGCCCAGCUCCGGACGCGGGGGUAUUACAAGUGGAUAAAUAAUGUGCACAGCUCUGAGUCCAAAGGUACGCGGUGGACCUGGCCUCUCUGAUAUGCAUCAGUACAGCCAAUGGCUGGCCAGCAGACAUGAAGCUAAUUUGCUACCGAUGAAAGAAGAUCUGGCCCUGUGGUUAACCAAUCUAUUAGGGAAGGAGAUAACAGCAGAAACUUUUAUGGAGAAGUUGGAUAAUGGUGCCUUACUCUGUCAACUUGCAGAAACUGUGCAGGAGAAAUUCAAAGAGAGCAUGGAUGCUAAUAAGCCUACAAAGAGUCUACCACUGAAGAAGAUUCCAUGCAAAGCCAGUGCACCCUCGGGCUCCUUUUUUGCUCGAGACAAUACAGCAAAUUUCCUGUCCUGGUGCCGAGAUUUGGGAGUGGACGAAACAUGUCUAUUUGAAUCUGAAGGCUUGGUCCUCCACAAGCAACCAAGGGAAGUAUGUCUCUGUUUGUUAGAACUGGGACGAAUUGCUGCCAGGUAUGGUGUGGAGCCUCCGGGCUUGAUAAAAUUGGAAAAAGAGAUUGAACAAGAAGAAACACUUUCUGCCCCUUCUCCUUCUCCUUCUCCUUUGUCAAAGUCAUCUGGCAAAAAGAGUACAGGAAACCUACUGGAUGAUGCAGUGAAGCGAAUUUCUGAAGAUCCUCCUUGCAAAUGCCCUAACAAAUUCUGUGUGGAACGGCUCUCCCAAGGAAGAUACCGAGUGGGAGAAAAGAUCCUCUUCAUCAGGAUGCUGCACAACAAACAUGUUAUGGUCCGUGUGGGAGGAGGCUGGGAAACCUUUGCCGGGUAUUUGUUGAAACAUGACCCCUGCCGAAUGCUGCAGAUCUCCAGGGUGGAUGGCAAGACAUCCCCCAUCCAAAGUAAAUCUCCAACCCUGAAGGACAUGAAUCCAGAUAACUAUUUGGUGGUUUCUGCCAAUUAUAAGGCUAAGAAGGAGAUUAAGUGAAAAUGAUUGGUAACUUCAAGGGGACUCUCACAAUGGCCUGUACCCAUCCACUUCUGCAGUAUAGUCAGUUUAGCUCACAUUCUACUUUGGAAAAAGCUGUAACAGUAAGAGUCACCACAUUGAAAAAUAUUCAAAAGUAGUAGCACUAUUUAUUUGAAUGCCUAUGUAGAAAAGGACCUAUCAAAAGAAAUCCCAAAAUCAGCUUUGAAUUAGACGUACUUUAGGCAAAUUACUUUUUCAACAUGUAAGCACAAUAUGUAGAACACAAAAUUAGGAACACAAUCCUAGCUAAAUACAAAACCUGUUCUAGGGGCAAGGACUUAGGAUUCACAAGAGAUGUCAACAGAAGUGCCUGCUGUUUGUCUACAUGUAAAAGCACCCCAGACAUUUUUAUAAUUGCAGGAUUUUUAAGAUUUUUUUUUAAAAUGACAGUUAGUGGGAAAAUGUGCUACUAAAAUAUGCAACAGCACUAUACAGAAGUACAGAGUAUUCAGAACAGCAACGCUUUACUGGAAAGACAAUUUCAGCAAAGUUUACAUUCACUUGGAAGGUUGCCUUAAAGUUUAUUUCUUAUCUAUGACCAAAUAUCUGGGGUACUUUUGGAAGUCUUCAGUACACCCCCUUAGAGAAUAGUUAUAAAGUUCACACAUUCCUAAACACAUGGCUGUGUUUAGAACGACUUUAGUGUAAUUCAUACAUAUAAGCUGACAUACAUUUAUAUUUUGAUGAAUAAACUGUACAAAUUUUUACUUCAUGUUAUUCCAAAGCAUUUUCUUAUUAAAGUGUAUCUUCAGUUAAUCCUACUUUGCUCUAGUACACUGUAAAUUCACUUAGCUAAUGUUAUAGACAUAUGUAUGCCUUGUAUACCUGGGAUAGGGCUGUUUUGUAUCAAUAAACAGCAAACUAUUGUCUUCAUUGAUCAAAAAUUAAAAAGAUAAAUUUUUAAAAUG